AUGGCACUUCCAUCGAGAUCUGCCUACUACGAUGUCUUCGGGGACGAGAAUCAAGGCGUGAAAGCGUACAUCUUCAUCGAUCUCCAUGGCUGGCAAGAAGGAUCCAUCAUCGGUCAUGCUGAGGAUUUCCACCGAGCCUAUAACAACAUCAUGAAAAGGGUCUGGCGAUCGUUCAUGGAAGCUAAGGAUUCUAUCUGCGACGCUCAAACCUAUAUAAUCUGGCCCGAAUCCUCCCUAGCUCGGCGAUCGCAGGGUUGGUUCCCGCCCGGAGAUCAUGUGUUUGUGAAGGAGAAGAUCGAAGAACAAUUACAAGACUGGAUCGAUGUCUUCCUGCCGGCCAACGAGCCGAUUGUCCUAGCUUUCGUGACCGACUACACAAUCGUGCCUGGUACCAUAAUGUUCGACGACGAGAAUAUCUUUCGCCCAUUGGAAAAGCAUCGUACCGCGAAGAUCGUUCACAAACUUGAAUACGCUCGAACCCCCACGGAUUUGGCGGAUAGGACGGAGUUUGAACUGAUUUACAACCGCGAUCCGGUAUGCCGGCACGAGAAGAAGGUGACUAUCGAACCCAACGGCGACGAUCAGAUGUUGGAACAUCACUGCCGUGCUUCAUCUGUUGCUGAUCUCCGUUUGCUUCGCGGUCCGGUCGUGCCUAUAAGUGGAAGAGCUGCGGAAAAGGAUACAGUGGACCACAUAUCAUUCGUGCGACAGAUGUGUUUGACGAGGAACGCGCUGCAAUCGUUUGGGUGGCUCGAUCUAUUCCGGGAGGCAAGGGUGUAUUUGAACAGGCUCAAAGCCGAGCUUAUUGAACGUCGCAGAUGCUUCGAGCUUCUCGGAUACAUGAUGUCUCGACGUCAUACAACUACCUUCUCACCCAAUCGAUAUCACAAAACAUCAGACAUGAGACCGCCAUCCAUCCCUCGCUCGAGUGUGACACCGAAACCACCCAAACCAUUCUUCCGAUCUUCGCGGCGUGACAUGGAAGUCUUCGAUCGGAAAUACGGAGUGAUGGAUAUGGAAGCUCACGUCUUUCUCGAUUUGAAGGCAUGGCAUAAAAAGUUGAAGGAAGACGAUACGAAACCGCUCGAAGCUGCUCAGAAGCAUAUCAUGCAGAGAGUCUGGCGGUCAUUGGUAGCAAGCGGCGACCCGAUCUCGGCUAUACAUACGCAAAUUCUCAAACCCAACGUCCCUCGCUCGGGUGAUCGACAUGAUGCGUAUCAUCGGAACCUUGCGAGAUUCUUGCCCGGUUUGAAGCCGAUCGUUAUAGCCAUCGUAACCGACUACGAAGUACCCAAGCAUUCUUCCGGGUUUAGUCUAUUCUUCUAG